AAUACGAUGGUAAGGUAAAGUAUGUUUCAGUCAAGAAACUCAGUGGCUUUCUAUCCUUAACGGCUGCUGUAGGAAUCCGGAAGAUCAGGAAUAGCUUCGUGCAUAGGCAAGCGAAUUGAGAGAAAGGAAUUAAACUACGCCCAGCUUCACUUUCGGACCAGUAUUCAUGACAACUCGGCACCAUGGAUGAUAUAGGAACCUACGCCAUCGAGUGUUACAACCUGAGCAAGCAUUAUGGGAGAGGAAAGGGCAAAUUGCAAGUAUUGCAGAACCUGGAGAUGAAAGUACCAAAAGGAAAGAUUUACGGUCUCCUCGGACCUAGCGGAUGCGGGAAGACCACACUCCUCCGAUGUUGCUUGGGCCAAUUGAGCAAAGACAGCGGUUUGGUACUGACCCUUGGUCGACCACCACUUACUCGAGGACACGGCAUCCCAGGCAGUCGUGUUGGCUACAUGCCCCAGGAUCUUGCCCUGUAUGGUGAAUUCACAAUCAAAGAAAUGUUGAUCUACUUCGCCACCUUACACAAGAUGAGCCGGAAGGAUGCCAAUGCCAGGAUCGAUUUCUUAUUGGAUCUUCUUAACCUGCCCUUUAGGAACAGAAUGGUAGCAUAUCUCAGUGGGGGUCAGAAGAGGAGAGUGUCCUUUGCUGUAGCCUUGAUCCAGUCGCCUGAACUUCUUAUUCUAGAUGAACCAACUGUCGGGGUUGACCCACUUCUUCGACAGAAGAUUUGGGAGUAUCUACUACAAUUUGCACAGACUGGACAAACGACCAUCAUUCUCACUACACAUUACAUCGAGGAGGCCAGAAAUGCUGACGUGGUUGGGCUGAUGAGGAACGGGAAACUCCUGGCCGAGGAAGAUCCCCAAGUCCUGAUAAGCACUUACAACUUCCCGACGCUCGAGGAAGUCUUCUUGAAGCUGUGUAUGGCGGAUAUAGAAGGGGAUGAUGAUGAGCACGACAUUCCGAGCAGCGUGCGCGCAGCGAGCAUCUCCGAAGUCAACGAGAGGACACGCCUACUUUCAAAUGGUCAGGUGACACAAUACACCAAUCAGGUUUACGAAGACACACCCGCCGUGGUUGAACUGCCCAAUGGCAAAUCCAAUCAACAUGGAAGUGGUGACGAUGACGUGUUCGUUGAUGAGGAGGCAGUCAAGCCACGCCCUAAAGUGGGCGUGGUCCGGUCAUUGUCUGUCAUGACAACAAAGAGUGAAACUCCAGAAUAUCACUACGACAAGCCCCCGUUGAAAUACACCGAUAUUUUCCCAAGCCUCCUCAACAUGUGGGCGCUACUUGUCAAGGAUCUACUGAAGCUGGUGAGAAAUCCAGGUCUAACCCUUUUCCAGUUCAUCCUCCCCGUGGUUGAAGUAUGCCUCUUCUAUCUAGCCAUCGGCGGUAAACCUCAGAACCUUGAUGUAGCCGUCAUCAACAACGAUCCCGACGGCCCAUUCAAUCUCAGUCAAAAGUUCCUUGCCCAAAUAGACGAUUCGAUGAUCAACCAGAAACCAGUUGACUCCUUGGAUGAAGCUAUAUCAGAUCUCCGGAACGGCAAAUACUGGGGCGUUAUCGAUAUACCAGAGAAUUAUUCUUAUUACCUUAUUCAACGGCAAGUUGAGGGUAUUUCAGCUGAUAAUGCAACUCUAUGGGGAAGCACAGUGAGGGUCACAUUGGAUGCCACAAAUCAGCAGAUUGCAAUAUCUAUUCAGACUGGUUUAUUAGCUGCUUACGAGUCAUUCAUCGAGGUUGUUUUGACCAGCCUAGCAUUAAACCCUGCUCUUGGCCAGAUACCGCUUGUAUUUCUUGAUCCAGUCUAUGGCGAACUUGAUGGACCAUUCACCUACUUCAUGGCGGCUGGAGUUAUUAUUACAAUUAUAUUCUUCCACGCGGUUGCUUUGACCUCGAUGACCUUUGUUGUUGAGCGGAAAGAAGGUCUUCUCGACAGGAUCUGGGUCUCAGGUGUGGGAUCAGGCGAAGUAAGCAUAGCUCAUGUGAUGACUCAGUUCCUCAUCAUAUCUGUCCAGAUAGCACUCGUACUUGUCUUCACAUUCGCUGUCUUUGAGCUUCCAAACGAGGGCAGUUUAUUCCUGGUUAUCCUCAUGAUGAUGUUACAAGGGUUAUGUGGAAUGGCUCUUGGUCUACUCAUCUCGGCCUUCUGUGACUCGGAAUCCACAGCUAUUCAACUCGCCCUCGGAUCUUUCUACCCCCUUCUUCUCCUCAGCGGUGUUGUGUGGCCAAUUCAAGCAAUGCCUGAGCCAUUGUAUUACAUCGCACUGGUAUUGCCGCAAACUUUAUCAGCAGAGGGAAUACGAGCAAUACUCGGAAGAGGUUGGGACAUGAGUUACUUUGAGGUGUGGAUCGGGUUUGUAGCCACUACGGCUUGGUGGCUGGUUCUCCUCACGUUAGCUACCAUCGUACUCCGAGUCAGAAGAUAAAUCUAUGUCAUCUGAAGCACGUUGCAGAGAGAGAGAGAGGGAGAGAGAGAGAGAGAGAGAGAGAGAGAGAGAGAGAGAGAGGGAGAGUUGGUUUACAAGGCAGCUCAGCAGGUUCCCGUUUUACAUAGAGUUACGAUUGAUCCAAUCGAUCGUAACUCUAUGGAAAUCCAUCAGUGUCAUAUUUUAUUUCUACAGGGAAUUCUCCUUAAAGCUAAGAGAAUCGCACUGAAUCUUCAAGAGAACGAUAUAUGUAUGAAUGAACAUCAUAUCUAGAAAAUAUUUUGAGCAAGUUUGCAUUUUUAGAUGUUGACGUUGCUGGCCGUCCAUAAAGUUGUGAUUGAUCGGAUCGAUUGUAGCUCUUUGUAAGACGGGGCCCAGAAAUCAAGCACAAGUCACUAAUAUACGCGUAUUUCAUUGCUUGAAAUUCAAGUUGCGUGUGAUAUUUAGAUUUGGAUUUGAUCACAACUCUUUGUGCAACAUGCCCCUGCCCAAACCCUAUAUUCCAUUCGGCAUGUUCAACCCCAACAUGCCAGAGAAUAUUGUGUCUCUUCCUUGUAAAUAGGUCUGGGUGUAAUGUAACCCUGGGGGACUCCAACACGAGGUUACGUGGUUGACCUAUGGGACUCACGCUUGUCAUUAAUUUUAUCACUAUUAUAUGGAUGCAUCUGAAUCUGUUAGUCCUAAUUGUAGGUCUAAUCAAAUAGGGUAUUUGUAUAGCGCACAUAUCCAACUUUUGGGAUGCUCAAGAAUAUCCUUUAUUUUCUUAAUGAGAUUCUGAAAUAUAUUUGUAUUGUUGUCAUUUCGAAUUUAUAUAGUCAAGAGUAUUUAUUGAAAUAAACAAAAAUUCAAUUGCUUAUCUGUUUAUCUUUAAUAAAAUGUGCAAUCAAUCAAUAAAAUGUGCUAAUCACUCAGGUUUUAUGACUUUUACGACUGUAAAUUGCGACAUUGUUUUACCUUUAAUUUUGUAAAUUUAAAUGCGAGCAGAUGUGGCAUAUCUAGGUAUGGCUAUCAAAUCAAAUUUCAAUUUAUCUCUUGUAUUUUAAUUAUUAUUUACAUUAUAGGAACUGCAGUAAUUCUCACAAGUGGCAUUUCUUAUCCAUUCCCGUAUGCACUCUCUGUAAAUAGCUAAUUAUAUUCUAAUAUUUCUAUUUUUAACAAUUUAAGUCUAUAAUGGCGAUAGACUUCCUAACAUUCCAUUUGUACGUUUGUAGAAAAUUGUUACGUAAUAUUAAUUCAAAUACAGUGCACUGAUAAAUUGUUCAGUGAUAAAAUACAAAUGUUUUCUGAUUAUUUGUUGGGUUAAGCCAUGUAAAUCCUUGUCUUAUACAAUUUGAUCUGAUCUUCACACUUUUUUUAUUCGCAGAUUGUCGUAUGGAUUGAGAGCUAUUUAAUGGAGAUAACAGAAUUGGAAGAAGUAUGGUUAGAUCAAGUGACAACUCCUCGUAUAACGCAGUUCUUAGUGAUCGUGGAAUUAAUUUUUAAAAAAUCGUUUGGGCUUAAAAAAAAAAACAUUUUUUAAUCAUUUGCACGUACUAUUGCAAGCUAAUUGAAAUAUGCAAUCUGGUUAGUCCAGAAUAUACAUACCAUGGAAUGCAUGCAUUGGUUAUUGGUUUUAUGAAACAAGAACUGUCUUUUCGAGGUUUCUGGAUUCGAAAUCGCCUUGGAAAUGUUGGAAACCUUGUCCAUGGACUACGCUGUCUGUAAAAGCUUGUCACUAUUUUCAUAUUGAUUAAUGAACGUGAAUAAAGAUUAAUAAAACAUAA